AUGUCCAAUGCCGAGGGCAGCACACCACCUAUCAAUGAAUUGGUUGAGGGCUCGGGCAACGCGUCGCACGUCGAGCACCAGCACGCUGAGGGUACUAGGAGCGGCGAGAAUCAAGCGGAAGUAUCUGCAGCUCGACAGAGACGUAAAAUUGCGCAGUUGGAGGAGAAACUAGCGACUCUCGAAUCUGGGCGCGCCGUCAAAGAAAGGCAGACGAACUAUUACGUGGCUCAAGGAAGAGCGAUCAGGCGUGUUGUCACUUUGUUUGAUAGCCUUGAGGAUCUAGUUGCCGAAAACGACCGGAGAUACGAAUUUGAAGAGGACACAGAAACUACUGCUGAGUACCAAGAUUUUUCCUGGAUAGGUUACAUGACAUUCACGAAAACUAUGCGGUGGUUUCAUCAGAAGGCUACGGAGGCAUAUUACGAAGAAUAUGCAGAUAUGUUAAAAAUGCUUCGGCGAGGGGCGGACGCUGCUCGAGGGGAUGAUACGUCCAAACUGAAGCCUCUCGUUUCUGAGUGGGUCAACCGCGAAUUCAAGCCCGAUCCUCCGGUCGAUCCAGAUGACAAGCAUUCUCGCGGGUUCAUUAACGAUGCGUGCGGUAGGCUACUUUGCCCGUCAGAACUUGAUUGGAACAAUUCGGCUGUAAAGGCUGGCAUUAGAGAUCGCGCAGAUGGCUACACCGUGACUGACCUGUCCUUUCCGGCAUUUGUAUAUGAAAAGUACACGGCAAAUCCUGAUGAUCUGGAGGACGGGCUUUUCAAGGGUAAAAUUCUUCUUCAGGCAUUCAAAGCAGUAUUCACAUCACCCUCCUCAGCUAAAGAUGUCGAAGGGGACGGCGAUGGAGCAGACGUUAUCAUCAGCAACAGACGUGCUAGGAAAUCCUUCAACACAAUCAAGGUCAAGAAACACGUGGCGCAGAUCAUCAAGAUGGAGAAGGUCACCCCUCGGUCAAUUGCAUACAUAGUGUGCCAAGUCCGAUUUGCGCUCUCUUCCGUCACCUCGUGGCGCUCUAUUGACGGGGAUUUCGACUAUGUGCACUUCUGGCGGAUUAUUGUGGACUUUUUCGAAAAGCCCCCCGGUCGCGACACUCGGCUCAGGGCAGACAAGCUUCUGGAGUGGUGGACCAGAAAAAUUUUUGGAAAGAAUCGUCGUAACGACCUCAGCCAAACAGUGAUGGAAAAUAUGUCUGUCAACGCUCUCGCAAGGCAAAGGGCAGCGCGCGCUGAUGCUGUUUUUGAUUCGCCAUAG